CAGAGAACUUGGAAACACCAUCUUCUCCCAUUUUGCAUUUCUUCGUCUCUCUCACUCGAUUCGAACUCCCGCCAUUAAUGGAGUUCACUCAAACAAUUUCCCGAAUCCCCCAAAAUUUCUCGCCAAUUCCAAGAUUCCUUAGUAAAAUCCACGCCUCCUCCUCUUCCUCAUCCAAAUGCCCUAAUUCCCAAUUACCAGCCCCUUCAAAAUCGCCAAAACCACUGAAAUCCAGAGAAGAUAACAUACCGACGAUGCGUGAGAUUUUGGCGGCCGGCGCGGCCCAGAAUCUGGACCUCCGGCUCCAAACCUUGGGGCCGUUCUUCAGAAUCACGGCGAAAAGCACGGAAUCGCAGCGGGAAAUCGGGAAGGCGGAGGGAUUGAUAAGAGUGUGGUUUGGAGGGAGGAUUCUGCAUCUGGAUUCGAUCCGAUUGAACAGAGAGAGCUUGGGAAUGGAGAAAUCGAUCUUCGGACUCGGAUUGUUCAUCGGCGCUGUCGCGAUCCGAUAUGGAUUUGAUUGUGGAUGCAAAACGGCUGAGUUGUUGGCGAUCAACGACUCGGAUCUUUAUCAUUCUAAGCUGGUUAGAUUCUACACAAGGAUUGGGUUCAAGAGUAUGUAUGAAGUGAGUGGCUCAAAGAUGGGAGAUUUUGGGGACAUGUUGGUGUGGGGAGGGGUUGGGACUAGAAUGGAUGCAGACAUUGAAGAGCUUCUUCUUAAAUGGUGCACUAGAUUCAAAUCCCCCAUUAUCUAACACACAAAAUUCCCAUCUCAACGUGCCUUUCCCUUUGCCUUCUAUGUAUAUAUUCUUUUGGAAAUUCCGACCGUAAAUGUAUACAUUUUGUGUCAGUAUAAACAUAGUUCAACAGUAAUUAAUAUCUACUCAUUUUUGAAGA